AUGUCAUUUAGAAAUCCACCUGCAAAUUUAUAUCGUGUUAUUGCUCUAUGCUGCUGGGGACUUGGUGCUGGAAUGACAGAUGGUGUAAUCGGAUCUCUAUUGCCCUUCAUAGAAGAUUACUACAAAGUUAGCUAUGGUAUUGUUUCGUUGUUAUGGUUAGGUAACGCACUAGGAUACAUAUUGAUUGGUUUGAUAGGAUAUCAGAUUGAUAAUUGGCUAGGUAAAUGGAAAUCAUUGAUAGUUGGCUGUGUUUUCCAUAUUGCAAUGAGUGCUAUAUUGAUUAGUGGUACAAAAUUUCCUGUGAUUUGUGUAGCAAUGUUCUUUGGUGGAAUUGGUUGUGCAAUAAAUAUGUCACAAUUGAACAUUUUCCUACCAAUGCUUGGUGCCAAAUACAUCGGGAUUUAUAGCGGGUUUUAUGGUACUGGUGCAUUUGCAGGCCCAUUAUUAGCAACCGUUAUGACUGAUCGUCAUGUUAAAUGGAAUUAUUUUUAUUUCAUUCUGGUAGGAUUGACACUUUUCAAUUUGGUCUUUAUCGGAAUAACUUUCAGGAACUAUGAUACUGAUUUUAUUAAUUAUAGAUCGGGUAUUGAUGAAGAUGAAAAUGAAAAUGAACAGAGUCAGGAACCAACGUCUAAACAGCAUGAUUUUAUAUCAGCAUUCAAAAAUUUCAGAACCUGGUUAGGUUGCAUAUUUGUGUUUUUCUAUCAAGGAGCUGAGGUUUCAAUGGGAGGCUGGGUUGUUACUUUCAUACUUACGUAUAGAAAAGGAGAUGCUAAUUCUGUUGGGUUUGUAUCUUCUGGGUUCUGGGCUGGUGUUACUAUAGGUCGAUUUCUUUUAACAAAUCCAUUAAUCAAAUAUAUGGGAAACAGAAGAUCUGUACUCAUACUAGCAAUAGUGAUAAUGGUGUUUGAUGUGCUUACUUGGUUAGUUCCAGAAAAGAUUGCUGCCGGAUUAUUUGCUUCUAUGGCUGGAUUAUUUAUAGGACCUAUCUAUCCAAUUAUGAUUACGUUAUUAUCCCAGAUCUUACCAAGAAAGAUUAGAUUUUGCUCACUGGUGUUGAUUAGUGCAUUUGGAAGUUCAGGUGGAAGUGCAGUACCAUUUAUGGUGGGUAUGAUAAGUCAAGUUCGUGGAACAUUUGUUCUUCAUCCAAUUUUCCUAGGAUGCUACGUUUUAUUGUUUCUAUCUUGGAUUUUCUUGCCAAACAUUGAGAGGAAAGGUGCUAUAAGAAAUUACUGGCAAAGGUUCUGGUGA